AUUUGGUUGAUUCCACAGAGAGACAAAAGAACCCGCUAAUCAGAGAUGGAAUAUCCAGAAACGGUCUCUCUUCAAUCCUUCAUAGAUACUCUUUCGAUACCCACUUGGCGAAUUUUCUUUCUUUCUCUCUUGUUUAUCUAUCUCUCUUUUUGAUUCUCGAUUGCUUGCUUUGUUACUCAACUUUACAAAUUUAUCAGACAGCUAAAAUUCUUCCUUUUUCCCAAAACCAACUCAGACACUGCACCUACUAUAUUAUAUGCUGGCAAAUUCCCCUUUCCAUGAUGACCUCCACUUCUCUCUCUAUAAAUCUCUCUCUUUCCCCUCCCCCCUUUUCUACUUCCGCCGCCGUAGCAACCACCAUUUCCUUCUAUGAAGCCCCUUCUUCUUUGAGAUUCCCACAUUUUAGAUCUUUAACUUCAAACCCCACAAGUUCUUUUUGUGAUAUUUCUCGAUUUACUUGCUUGAAAAGUUCAUUCAGGAGUAGGGGAAGAGGAAUUCUUAGUGUCAAGGCUAAUAAAAUGACUAUUGCUGAAGUUAGGCCUGAAGAUGGAGAAGAAGAUAGCCCUCCUUUGCUUGACCCUGAGACUAAUUCAAAACCUCGUCGUAUUGCUCUCUUUGUGGAACCUUCUCCCUUUGCGUAUGUGUCAGGUUACAAAAAUCGGUUCCAAAACUUCAUUCGCUAUCUACGUGAAAUGGGCGAUGAGGUGAUGGUUGUGACAACUCAUGAAGGUGUACCCAAGGAGUUUUACGGUGCAAAAUUAAUCGGAUCACGAAGCUUUCCAUGCCCUUUGUAUCAGAAGGUCCCCCUUUCUCUAGCACUUAGUCCAAGAAUAAUUUCAGAAGUUGCUCGGUUUAAACCCGAUAUCAUCCACGCAUCAUCACCGGGGAUAAUGGUGUUUGGAGCUCUGAUUAUUGCUAAACUAUUAAGUGUGCCACUAGUUAUGUCUUACCAUACUCAUGUACCAGUAUACAUUCCAAGAUAUACAUUUAGUUGGUUGGUUAAACCCAUGUGGCUUGUUAUAAAAUUCCUGCAUAGAGCGGCUGAUCUUACCUUGGUCCCAUCUGCUGCCAUUGGCAAGGAUCUUGAAGCUGAAAGAGUGACGGCAGCAAAUAAGAUUCGACUUUGGAAUAAGGGUGUCGAUUCUGUUAGCUUUCAUCCUCGCUUCCGCUCUCAUGAAAUGAGAUUAAGGCUUAGUGGUGGAGAGCCUGAUAAACCGCUGAUAGUUCAUGUUGGAAGAAUUGGAGUUGAGAAGAGCUUGGAUUUCCUCAAAAGGAUCAUGGACAGACUCCCUGAAGCGAGAAUUGCAAUAGUUGGAGAUGGACCGUACAGGGAGGAGCUAGAAAAGAUUUUCACUGGCAUGCCUGCAGUAUUUACAGGAAUGUUAUCAGGGGAAGAGCUAUCUCAGGCUUACGCUAGCGGCGACGUCUUUGUAAUGCCUUCCGAAUCGGAGACAUUAGGACUUGUAGUAUUAGAAGCUAUGUCCUCUGGGAUCCCUGUGAUCGGUGCUCGUGCUGGUGGAGUUCCAGACAUAAUUCCUCCCGAACAAGAUGGUAAAAUCGGUUACCUUUACACCCCGGGAGAUGUUGAUGACUGCUUAAGCAAGCUGAAGCCUCUGUUGGAGAAUCGUGAACUGAGGGAAACUAUGGGGAAAGCAGCACGUGAGGAGAUGGAGAAAUAUGAUUGGAAAGCCGCAACUCGAACGAUUCGCAACGAACAAUACAAUGCAGCCAUAUGGUUCUGGCGCAAGAAAAGAGCACAGUUUCUAAGACCAUUUCAAUGGUUGUUUAAACGAAUUUUUCCAUCCUCAGAAGUUAGUUAUCAGUGAAAUAUGCUUCAUUCAGAUCUGUUUAUCACAUUUCUCUAUCAGCUUGGUUUCAUUAGCAGAAGAAAACAUCUGUGUGAUUGUUUGCUAUAUAAUAUACAUUCAUUGUGUAUAUAUUCAUUAAACCAAAAAAAGAAAAAAAAAACACAUGAUCCUUUUUGUAAUUCGUCAUACCUUGAUUAUUAAUUCAUCCUCUAAACUGUUAGUUCCA